AUGGGUGGCGCCGCCGAGGGCGUGCACCUGUCGGUGCUGCGCGCGCAGCUCGAGCCGCACCAGGAGCCCGAGCGCGCCGCGCAGCUCACACUUGACUUCGGGCAGAUGUGGGCGGGGGCGGGCGCGGGGGCGGGCGCGGAGGAGCGCUGGUGCGCGGGCUGGGCGGGGCUGGCGGGCGCCGCCGUGCCGUACAGCGUGCGCCUGCUGCCCGUACACCUGCUGCUCCUCAGGCCCGGAGCACACUCUCGCUGGCGCGCGGGCUGGGCGGGGCUGGCGGGCGCCGCCGUGCCGUACAGCGUGCGCCUGCUGCCCGGCACGCUGCGGCUGCCCAAGGACCUGCACUUCGUGACGGCGGACGACAGCUGCCUGCGCGCGCAGGACGUCCGCGCCCACAACGACUUCCAGCAGCCCGUCCGCAUCGUGGCCGUGGACUUCCCGCCCGAGAUGCACGAGCAUUUUGAAAUGGAGUCAUGGCCAGGCCUGUCGCUGGCAGCGGGCGCGGAGGCGAGCAUAGCGCGGCUCAGGCUCAAGCGGCGCGACCCCGACGCCAUCUUGGACUCGCGCGUCCGUGUGCUGACCAACCUCACGCACUCCACGUACACCGUGGCCGUGCUGCUGUACGGCGGCCACCUGCACAUUGAGUGGCAGUGGCCGCACGCGGACGCGCGCACGCUGCCGCUCGGCGCGCUGGCCACGUCCUCCACGCGCCGCGUGCUGGCGCGCGUGCGCAACCCCGCGCCCGCGGCCCUCUGCGCCUCCGCGCACGCCGCGCUGCCCGGCGCCACGCUGGCGCUCACUGCGGAAGGUAGGCACAACCCCGCGCCCGCGGCCCUCUGCGCCUCCGCGCACGCCGCGCUGCCCGGCGCCACGCUGGCGCUCACUGCGGAAGGUAGGCACAACCCCGCGCCCGCGGCCCUCUGCGCCUCCGCGCACGCCGCGCUGCCCGGCGCCACGCUGGCGCUCACUGCGGAAGGUAGGCACAACCCCGCGCCCGCGGCCCUCUGCGCCUCCGCGCACGCCGCGCUGCCCGGCGCCACGCUGGCGCUCACUGCGGAAGGUAGGCACAACCCCGCGCCCGCGGCCCUCUGCGCCUCCGCGCACGCCGCGCUGCCCGGCGCCACGCUGGCGCUCACUGCGGAAGGUAGGCACAACCCCGCGCCCGCGGCCCUCUGCGCCUCCGCGCACGCCGCGCUGCCCGGCGCCACGCUGGCGCUCACUGCGGAAGGUAGGCACAACCCCGCGCCCGCGGCCCUCUGCGCCUCCGCGCACGCCGCGCUGCCCGGCGCCACGCUGGCGCUCACUGCGGAAGGUAGGCACAACCCCGCGCCCGCGGCCCUCUGCGCCUCCGCGCACGCCGCGCUGCCCGGCGCCACGCUGGCGCUCACUGCGGAAGGUAGGCACAACCCCGCGCCCGCGCCCCUCUGCGCCUCCGCGCACGCCGCGCUGCCCGGCGCCACGCUGGCGCUCACUGCGGAAGGUAGGCACAACCCCGCGCCCGCGGCCCUCUGCGCCUCCGCGCACGCCGCGCUGCCCGGCGCCACGCUGGCGCUCACUGCGGAAGGUAGGCACAACCCCGCGCCCGCGGCCCUCUGCGCCUCCGCGCACGCCGCGCUGCCCGGCGCCACGCUGGCGCUCACUGCGGAAGGUAGGCACAACCCCGCGCCCGCGGCCCUCUGCGCCUCCGCGCACGCCGCGCUGCCCGGCGCCACGCUGGCGCUCACUGCGGAAGGUAGGCACAACCCCGCGCCCGCGCCCCUCUGCGCCUCCGCGCACGCCGCGCUGCCCGGCGCCACGCUGGCGCUCACUGCGGAAGGUAGGCACAACCCCGCGCCCGCGCCCCUCUGCGCCUCCGCGCACGCCGCGCUGCCCGGCGCCACGCUGGCGCUCACUGCGGAAGGUAGGCACAACCCCGCGCCCGCGCCCCUCUGCGCCUCCGCGCACGCCGCGCUGCCCGGCGCCACGCUGGCGCUCACUGCGGAAGGUAGGCACAACCCCGCGCCCGCGCCCCUCUGCGCCUCCGCGCACGCCGCGCUGCCCGGCGCCACGCUGGCGCUCACUGCGGAAGGUAGGCACAACCCCGCGCCCGCGCCCCUCUGCGCCUCCGCGCACGCCGCGCUGCCCGGCGCCACGCUGGCGCUCACUGCGGAAGGUAGGCACAACCCCGCGCCCGCGGCCCUCUGCGCCUCCGCGCACGCCGCGCUGCCCGGCGCCACGCUGGCGCUCACUGCGGAAGGUAGGCACAACCCCGCGCCCGCGCCCCUCUGCGCCUCCGCGCACGCCGCGCUGCCCGGCGCCACGCUGGCGCUCACUGCGGAAGGUAGGCACAACCCCGCGCCCGCGCCCCUCUGCGCCUCCGCGCACGCCGCGCUGCCCGGCGCCACGCUGGCGCUCACUGCGGAAGGUAGGCACAACCCCGCGCCCGCGCCCCUCUGCGCCUCCGCGCACGCCGCGCUGCCCGGCGCCACGCUGGCGCUCACUGCGGAAGGUAGGCACAACCCCGCGCCCGCGCCCCUCUGCGCCUCCGCGCACGCCGCGCUGCCCGGCGCCACGCUGGCGCUCACUGCGGAAGGUAGGCACAACCCCGCGCCCGCGCCCCUCUGCGCCUCCGCGCACGCCGCGCUGCCCGGCGCCACGCUGGCGCUCACUGCGGAAGGUAGGCACAACCCCGCGCCCGCGCCCCUCUGCGCCUCCGCGCACGCCGCGCUGCCCGGCGCCACGCUGGCGCUCACUGCGGAAGGUAGGCACAACCCCGCGCCCGCGCCCCUCUGCGCCUCCGCGCACGCCGCGCUGCCCGGCGCCACGCUGGCGCUCACUGCGGAAGGUAGGCACAACCCCGCGCCCGCGCCCCUCUGCGCCUCCGCGCACGCCGCGCUGCCCGGCGCCACGCUGGCGCUCACUGCGGAAGGUAGGCACAACCCCGCGCCCGCGCCCCUCUGCGCCUCCGCGCACGCCGCGCUGCCCGGCGCCACGCUGGCGCUCACUGCGGAAGGUAGGCACAACCCCGCGCCCGCGCCCCUCUGCGCCUCCGCGCACGCCGCGCUGCCCGGCGCCACGCUGGCGCUCACUGCGGAAGGUAGGCACAACCCCGCGCCCGCGCCCCUCUGCGCCUCCGCGCACGCCGCGCUGCCCGGCGCCACGCUGGCGCUCACUGCGGAAGGUAGGCACAACCCCGCGCCCGCGCCCCUCUGCGCCUCCGCGCACGCCGCGCUGCCCGGCGCCACGCUGGCGCUCACUGCGGAAGGUAGGCACAACCCCGCGCCCGCGCCCCUCUGCGCCUCCGCGCACGCCGCGCUGCCCGGCGCCACGCUGGCGCUCACUGCGGAAGGUAGGCACAACCCCGCGCCCGCGCCCCUCUGCGCCUCCGCGCACGCCGCGCUGCCCGGCGCCACGCUGGCGCUCACUGCGGAAGGUAGGCACAACCCCGCGCCCGCGCCCCUCUGCGCCUCCGCGCACGCCGCGCUGCCCGGCGCCACGCUGGCGCUCACUGCGGAAGGUAGGCACAACCCCGCGCCCGCGCCCCUCUGCGCCUCCGCGCACGCCGCGCUGCCCGGCGCCACGCUGGCGCUCACUGCGGAAGGUAGGCACAACCCCGCGCCCGCGCCCCUCUGCGCCUCCGCGCACGCCGCGCUGCCCGGCGCCACGCUGGCGCUCACUGCGGAAGGUAGGCACAACCCCGCGCCCGCGCCCCUCUGCGCCUCCGCGCACGCCGCGCUGCCCGGCGCCACGCUGGCGCUCACUGCGGAAGGUAGGCACAACCCCGCGCCCGCGCCCCUCUGCGCCUCCGCGCACGCCGCGCUGCCCGGCGCCACGCUGGCGCUCACUGCGGAAGGUAGGCACAACCCCGCGCCCGCGCCCCUCUGCGCCUCCGCGCACGCCGCGCUGCCCGGCGCCACGCUGGCGCUCACUGCGGAAGGUAGGCACAACCCCGCGCCCGCGCCCCUCUGCGCCUCCGCGCACGCCGCGCUGCCCGGCGCCACGCUGGCGCUCACUGCGGAAGGUAGGCACAACCCCGCGCCCGCGCCCCUCUGCGCCUCCGCGCACGCCGCGCUGCCCGGCGCCACGCUGGCGCUCACUGCGGAAGGUAGGCACAACCCCGCGCCCGCGCCCCUCUGCGCCUCCGCGCACGCCGCGCUGCCCGGCGCCACGCUGGCGCUCACUGCGGAAGGUAGGCACAACCCCGCGCCCGCGCCCCUCUGCGCCUCCGCGCACGCCGCGCUGCCCGGCGCCACGCUGGCGCUCACUGCGGAAGGUAGGCACAACCCCGCGCCCGCGCCCCUCUGCGCCUCCGCGCACGCCGCGCUGCCCGGCGCCACGCUGGCGCUCACUGCGGAAGGUAGGCACAACCCCGCGCCCGCGCCCCUCUGCGCCUCCGCGCACGCCGCGCUGCCCGGCGCCACGCUGGCGCUCACUGCGGAAGGUAGGCACAACCCCGCGCCCGCGCCCCUCUGCGCCUCCGCGCACGCCGCGCUGCCCGGCGCCACGCUGGCGCUCACUGCGGAAGGUAGGCACAACCCCGCGCCCGCGCCCCUCUGCGCCUCCGCGCACGCCGCGCUGCCCGGCGCCACGCUGGCGCUCACUGCGGAAGGCGGUUGUGUUCCGGCUUCAGGCUGGGCGUCGGCCGUGCUCACCGUCGUAGCCCCGGCCCGGGCCGGGCCCGUGCGCGGCGCCGUGUGGCUGCAGGCGCCCGCCGCCCGCGCCGAGACCGUGGUCACGCUGUCCGCGCUGCCGGGGGCGGUCCGGGCGCGCCUGCUGCACGAGCGCGGCGGCGACGAGUGCCAGGCGGCUCCGGUGAGUACACACGCUACAGUGUUGACGGUGGUCGGCCCGGCCCGUGCGUCAGUAGUCACGCUGUCCGCGCUGCCGGGGGCGCUCCGGGCGCGCCUGCUGCACGAGCGCGGCGCCGACGAGUGCCAGGCGGCUCCGGUGAGUACACACGCUACAGUGUUGACGGUGGUCGGCCCGGCCCGUGCGUCAGUAGUCACGCUGUCCGCGCUGCCGGGGGCGCUCCGGGCGCGCCUGCUGCACGAGCGCGGCGCCGACGAGUGCCAGGCGGCUCCGGUGAGUACACACGCUACAGUGUUGACGGUGGUCGGCCCGGCCCGUGCGUCAGUAGUCACGCUGUCCGCGCUGCCGGGGGCGCUCCGGGCGCGCCUGCUGCACGAGCGCGGCGCCGACGAGUGCCAGGCGGCUCCGGUGAGUACACACGCUACAGUGUUGACGGUGGUCGGCCCGGCCCGUGCGUCAGUAGUCACGCUGUCCGCGCUGCCGGGGGCGCUCCGGGCGCGCCUGCUGCACGAGCGCGGCGCCGACGAGUGCCAGGCGGCUCCGGUGAGUACACACGCUACAGUGUUGACGGUGGUCGGCCCGGCCCGUGCGUCAGUAGUCACGCUGUCCGCGCUGCCGGGGGCGCUCCGGGCGCGCCUGCUGCACGAGCGCGGCGCCGACGAGUGCCAGGCGGCUCCGGUGAGUACACACGCUACAGUGUUGACGGUGGUCGGCCCGGCCCGUGCGUCAGUAGUCACGCUGUCCGCGCUGCCGGGGGCGCUCCGGGCGCGCCUGCUGCACGAGCGCGGCGCCGACGAGUGCCAGGCGGCUCCGGUGAGUACACACGCUACAGUGUUGACGGUGGUCGGCCCGGCCCGUGCGUCAGUAGUCACGCUGUCCGCGCUGCCGGGGGCGCUCCGGGCGCGCCUGCUGCACGAGCGCGGCGCCGACGAGUGCCAGGCGGCUCCGGUGAGUACACACGCUACAGUGUUGACGGUGGUCGGCCCGGCCCGUGCGUCAGUAGUCACGCUGUCCGCGCUGCCGGGGGCGCUCCGGGCGCGCCUGCUGCACGAGCGCGGCGCCGACGAGUGCCAGGCGGCUCCGGUGAGUACACACGCUACAGUGUUGACGGUGGUCGGCCCGGCCCGUGCGUCAGUAGUCACGCUGUCCGCGCUGCCGGGGGCGCUCCGGGCGCGCCUGCUGCACGAGCGCGGCGCCGACGAGUGCCAGGCGGCUCCGGUGAGUACACACGCUACAGUGUUGACGGUGGUCGGCCCGGCCCGUGCGUCAGUAGUCACGCUGUCCGCGCUGCCGGGGGCGCUCCGGGCGCGCCUGCUGCACGAGCGCGGCGCCGACGAGUGCCAGGCGGCUCCGGUGAGUACACACGCUACAGUGUUGACGGUGGUCGGCCCGGCCCGUGCGUCAGUAGUCACGCUGUCCGCGCUGCCGGGGGCGCUCCGGGCGCGCCUGCUGCACGAGCGCGGCGCCGACGAGUGCCAGGCGGCUCCGGUGAGUACACACGCUACAGUGUUGACGGUGGUCGGCCCGGCCCGUGCGUCAGUAGUCACGCUGUCCGCGCUGCCGGGGGCGCUCCGGGCGCGCCUGCUGCACGAGCGCGGCGCCGACGAGUGCCAGGCGGCUCCGGUGAGUACACACGCUACAGUGUUGACGGUGGUCGGCCCGGCCCGUGCGUCAGUAGUCACGCUGUCCGCGCUGCCGGGGGCGCUCCGGGCGCGCCUGCUGCACGAGCGCGGCGCCGACGAGUGCCAGGCGGCUCCGGUGAGUACACACGCUACAGUGUUGACGGUGGUCGGCCCGGCCCGUGCGUCAGUAGUCACGCUGUCCGCGCUGCCGGGGGCGCUCCGGGCGCGCCUGCUGCACGAGCGCGGCGCCGACGAGUGCCAGGCGGCUCCGGUGAGUACACACGCUACAGUGUUGACGGUGGUCGGCCCGGCCCGUGCGUCAGUAGUCACGCUGUCCGCGCUGCCGGGGGCGCUCCGGGCGCGCCUGCUGCACGAGCGCGGCGCCGACGAGUGCCAGGCGGCUCCGGUGAGUACACACGCUACAGUGUUGACGGUGGUCGGCCCGGCCCGUGCGUCAGUAGUCACGCUGUCCGCGCUGCCGGGGGCGCUCCGGGCGCGCCUGCUGCACGAGCGCGGCGCCGACGAGUGCCAGGCGGCUCCGGUGAGUACACACGCUACAGUGUUGACGGUGGUCGGCCCGGCCCGUGCGUCAGUAGUCACGCUGUCCGCGCUGCCGGGGGCGCUCCGGGCGCGCCUGCUGCACGAGCGCGGCGCCGACGAGUGCCAGGCGGCUCCGGUGAGUACACACGCUACAGUGUUGACGGUGGUCGGCCCGGCCCGUGCGUCAGUAGUCACGCUGUCCGCGCUGCCGGGGGCGCUCCGGGCGCGCCUGCUGCACGAGCGCGGCGCCGACGAGUGCCAGGCGGCUCCGGUGAGUACACACGCUACAGUGUUGACGGUGGUCGGCCCGGCCCGUGCGUCAGUAGUCACGCUGUCCGCGCUGCCGGGGGCGCUCCGGGCGCGCCUGCUGCACGAGCGCGGCGCCGACGAGUGCCAGGCGGCUCCGUGGGCGAGCGGCUGGGCGCCGGCGCUGGUGGUGGAGAGCACGAUGGCGAUCAAGAUGAAGGUGACGCUGGUCGAGCCGCAACCGCCCGACCCCGCGCUCGUGUUUAUACCCCCAGAAGACCCCGAAGCCUGGUGGAUCGGUCCCGGGACGAACACCAUCGGCCACGUGCAAUACUUGCCCGAGCUGGCCUGCGGCUCCGCCUGCUACACCGGCCUGGCCAUAGACACGGAGGAGUGGCUUAAAACGUCGCUGGAGGCAGAUUUAGAGUUGUUGGCGAAACGGAGGGCGCUGUACGACGCGGAGCGGCUGCGGGCCGUGAGGAACGUGUCGCUCGCCAUAGACACGACCGAGAUGGUGCGCGUCCCCGUGUCGGGCUGGGUGCGCGUGGGCUGGCCGCGGCUGGCGGGCGGCGCGCGCGCCGGCUGGGCGGGGCUGGCCGGCGUGGGCGCGGGCGGCGCGCGCUGGCUGCGCGUGCGCAACCCCGCGCCGCACCCGCUCGCCCUGCGCGCCUCCGUGGCCGGCUACACCGCCGCCGUGCUGCACGAGGAUAUACUUGUUCAUACGUGGGCUGGGCGGGGCUGGGCGGGGCUGGCCGGCGUGGGCGCGGGCGGCGCGCGCUGGCUGCGCGUGCGCAACCCCGCGCCGCACCCGCUCGCCCUGCGCGCCUCCGUGGCCGGCUACACCGCCGCCGUGCUGCACGAGGAUAUACUUGUUCAUACGUGGGCUGGGCGGGGCUGGGCGGGGCUGGCCGGCGUGGGCGCGGGCGGCGCGCGCUGGCUGCGCGUGCGCAACCCCGCGCCGCACCCGCUCGCCCUGCGCGCCUCCGUGGCCGGCUACACCGCCGCCGUGCUGCACGAGGAUAUACUUGUUCAUACGUGGGCUGGGCGGGGCUGGGCGGGGCUGGCCGGCGUGGGCGCGGGCGGCGCGCGCUGGCUGCGCGUGCGCAACCCCGCGCCGCACCCGCUCGCCCUGCGCGCCUCCGUGGCCGGCUACACCGCCGCCGUGCUGCACGAGGAUAUACUUGUUCAUACGUGGGCUGGGCGGGGCUGGGCGGGGCUGGCCGGCGUGGGCGCGGGCGGCGCGCGCUGGCUGCGCGUGCGCAACCCCGCGCCGCACCCGCUCGCCCUGCGCGCCUCCGUGGCCGGCUACACCGCCGCCGUGCUGCACGAGGAUAUACUUGUUCAUACGUGGGCUGGGCGGGGCUGGGCGGGGCUGGCCGGCGUGGGCGCGGGCGGCGCGCGCUGGCUGCGCGUGCGCAACCCCGCGCCGCACCCGCUCGCCCUGCGCGCCUCCGUGGCCGGCUACACCGCCGCCGUGCUGCACGAGGAUAUACUUGUUCAUACGUGGGCUGGGCGGGGCUGGGCGGGGCUGGCCGGCGUGGGCGCGGGCGGCGCGCGCUGGCUGCGCGUGCGCAACCCCGCGCCGCACCCGCUCGCCCUGCGCGCCUCCGUGGCCGGCUACACCGCCGCCGUGCUGCACGAGGAUAUACUUGUUCAUACGUGGGCUGGGCGCGGCUGGGCGGGGCUGGCCGGCGUGGGCGCGGGCGGCGCGCGCUGGCUGCGCGUGCGCAACCCCGCGCCGCACCCGCUCGCCCUGCGCGCCUCCGUGGCCGGCUACACCGCCGCCGUGCUGCACGAGGAUAUACUUGUUCAUACGUGGGCUGGGCGGGGCUGGGCGGGGCUGGCCGGCGUGGGCGCGGGCGGCGCGCGCUGGCUGCGCGUGCGCAACCCCGCGCCGCACCCGCUCGCCCUGCGCGCCUCCGUGGCCGGCUACACCGCCGCCGUGCUGCACGAGGAUAUACUUGUUCAUACGUGGGCUGGGCGGGGCUGGGCGGGGCUGGCCGGCGUGGGCGCGGGCGGCGCGCGCUGGCUGCGCGUGCGCAACCCCGCGCCGCACCCGCUCGCCCUGCGCGCCUCCGUGGCCGGCUACACCGCCGCCGUGCUGCACGAGGAUAUACUUGUUCAUACGUGGGCUGGGCGCGGCUGGGCGGGGCUGGCCGGCGUGGGCGCGGGCGGCGCGCGCUGGCUGCGCGUGCGCAACCCCGCGCCGCACCCGCUCGCCCUGCGCGCCUCCGUGGCCGGCUACACCGCCGCCGUGCUGCACGAGGAUAUACUUGUUCAUACGUGGGCUGGGCGGGGCUGGGCGGGGCUGGCCGGCGUGGGCGCGGGCGGCGCGCGCUGGCUGCGCGUGCGCAACCCCGCGCCGCACCCGCUCGCCCUGCGCGCCUCCGUGGCCGGCUACACCGCCGCCGUGCUGCACGAGGAUAUACUUGUUCAUACGUGGGCUGGGCGCGGCUGGGCGGGGCUGGCCGGCGUGGGCGCGGGCGGCGCGCGCUGGCUGCGCGUGCGCAACCCCGCGCCGCACCCGCUCGCCCUGCGCGCCUCCGUGGCCGGCUACACCGCCGCCGUGCUGCACGAGGAUAUACUUGUGAAGAUAGAGGAGUGCGCCCACAAGCAGUGCACAUACGUGCCCGGCGUGUUCGGCGUGUCGGAGUGGCGCGCCGUGCGCGGGGCGGCGACGCCGCUGCGGGGCGGCGGCGGCGGGGGCGGGGACGCGGCGGCGGGGCCCGCGCUGCUGCUCGCGCCCCACGCCGAGGUCGAGCUCAAGGUCGACUUCCUGCCGCCCGACGCCGAGAUGUAUUCUGCACUACUUUUCCUUAGGAACAACCUGACGAUCGUGGAGGCGGUGCAGCUGGGCGGGCGCGGCGCCGUGCCGCGCUUCGAGCUGGGCGGGCGGCGCGCGCACGCACACGCUCCGAUCUUGCUGCAGAUCCCGUCGUGCGCGGAGGGCGCGGAGGGCGCGGAGUGCGAGGCGGCGGACUCGGGCCGCUGGGAGGUGCGGCGCGCGCUGCUGGCGCGCAACACGGGCGCCGUGCCGCUGCGCCUGCGCGCCUGGCGCCUCGCCGGCGAGCCCUGCGCCGCGCGCGGCUUCCGCCUCGAGCCCUGCGGCCCGCUCGCGCUGCAGCCCAACGAGACUCGCGCGCUGACCUUGUCUUUCAGGACCGACUGCUCGCUCGCCCGAGUCGCCUGCCCCUUGACCCUGCGCUCCGACUCCGGCCCGGCGGCUUUCAGGCUUCUGGGCGCGGUGCCCGCCCGAUUGUUACCUAUAUGCGCCCGACAGCAGCCUCGGCCGGCGUGGGAACCGGCUUUGCGCGCGUCCGGCGCGCUGCUCGCCGUCGUCGCGCUGGCGCUAGUUCUCGCCGCCGCCGCGCUCGACGCCGAGCGCCUCCUCCGGCGCGCGAGGGACGCUCGGCAGACGCCGGCGCCGCGCGCGCCGUUAGAUCUGCGAGCGCUCGCGCGGGAGCAACCCGCGGUACCUCCCCCCCCGGCCGCGCCGCGGCGGCGCAGGCCGCGCCGCACGCAGCCGCCGCUCGACCCGGCGGCCGAACGGAGAGCUUUCGAACACUGGCGGGCGGAGAUGCUCAGACGCGACGCGCCGCGAGCCGAAGACGAGUCGUCCCGGUCGAGCGAGGAUGCCGACCCGCCGCCUCGAGCCGACGUGGAACCUGCCCCGCCGCAGCCGCCCUCCGAGCCGCCGCCGGACGCGUCCGACACGGAGCCGGACACGGAGGAGCGGCCGCGCACCCCGAGCGACUCGGACGCCGCGUCCGGCACGGACUCGUCGUCCCCGCCCGACGACCCCGACUCGCCGGCCCCGGCGCGCGCGGCGCCGCCGCCGAGCGCGCCGCCGCCGCCGCGCAGCGAGCCGCCGCCGGAGCCGCGCGGCGCGGGCGCGGGCGCGGGCGCGGGCGCGGGCUCGGCGCGCGCGGCGCGGCGCGAGGCCGGCGUGUCCCCCACGCGCCGCUGCGAGCCGCCGGCCAGGCCGCGCGCCGUGCCCGGGAAACAUCACACUCGUAAAGACAAGGUGUCGAAGCGGCGCAGCGAGCGGCCUGCGGCCACGGCGCGCGUGUCGCCGCCGCAGUGCGAGGCGCGGCCGGCGGCGGCGGCGGCGGCGGCGGCGCCGGCGCUGCGCUGGGGCGCCUCGUGGUCCAGCGUGGUGGCGGCGGGCGCGCUGCCGCCCAUCGGCGACCACGUGCGCCGCUCGCCGCCCGCGCCGGCGCCGGCGGCCGACCAGUCGCUGUUCUACUACAACGACGCGCACGCGCAGCAGCCGCCGCCCGCGCCGCGCCCCGACGCGGAGUACGCUUGGCGCCCGCAGGAGCGCUCGCCCUUCGAGGCGCCCGCCCCCAGGGACUACCUCGUUCCAGACGACAGCCACGCCAUGACAGGGCCGCACGCGUACGGCAGCAUCGGCUCGCCGUGGAGCAGCCCGCUGUGGGCGGCGGGCGCGCUGCGGCCGCCGCCCGGGUUCGGGCCGCGCGCGCCGCCGCCGUGCUCGCCGGCCGCCCCCGCCGCCGCCGGCCCCGUCAUACUGAGCGACUUUUACUAUGGGACCAAAUUCGAAAUCGCGACAAAAAAACGACUCCGCCGCCGCCGCACCGACCCGGCCCGGCCCGGCGCGGCCCGGCGCGGCGCGGCGCGGCGCGGCAGCGGCUGCAGCGUCGGAUAA